AUGAGAUUGAGAUCGAUAAUUAAUCAAGUAUUAAGUUUUCGAGGAGGAAGUCCAAAAACAAACGAAACAAUACCGGAUAUAAAACAUUAUAACGCAUUGAGGGAAAUAUACGAGAAAAAUAUGAAGAAAAUUAAAAAUGAAGAUUGGACGGCUUCGUAUACGGAAAAAGUUCAAAGUUUUUAUCCAUCUUGUGACGUUCCGAGGAACACAGAUGAAGAUGUUUGGUUCGAUCCAUAUUCUAUGAAUCUUUUAUUCGAUUUAGUUUAUCCUAAUCCACCGGAAGAUUCGACAAUUAUGAUCGUUUCUGCAAAACUUCGUUUAUAUAAACUUCCGCAGGAAAAUUUUUCACUACCGAAUUCCGAAUCUCCAAAUACUAAAACGAAAAUUGAUAAAAAUCAUGGAAAUUUAGGAGUUUUACCCGGUGAUGAAGACAAACAAAUUCGCGUUUCCGUUUAUUGGUAUACAAGAUCCCUUCGUCGACACAGGGGUAAUCAAAUGCUUUCUGCAUUUUCUCCAAAAUGGGCUGAAUUUAAUAUAAGAGCUGCCGUUAGAACUUGGAAAGAUUCUGGAAGAAAUUUUGGUUUGGUUGUUACCGUCGAAGAUGAAGAUGGAAUUUUACUUCCGGCGGAACAAUAUAUACAAUCAAUGAAUUUAUUUCAAAAUGUACCCAUCGGUCUCCGUCGACAAAUUAAUCACAAUAUAUUAUUUUCACUCGUUCAAAAGAAAAAUCAAACCGGAUUUGAUGAAAAAGAAAUAAAUAAAAAAUUAAAUGGCGAAACAUUUAAAUUAACUCAAACAAAUGUUGAAAAAUAUGAGGACGAUGAGAAAGAAAUGCCCAGAAUAAGACACAAUAGAAAACAAUGGUGA